CCAAUCAUAUCUAAUGGUUUCUAACGAGGCAUACUCGCUGCGAGACAGGCAGACUGUUCCGGGGUCGCACCUUUCACUUUUGACAUCGGAUCUGUUCCAUUCCCGUGUCCAUGUCUCUGACUUUCUGUUCUUCCUCACAUGCAACCCCGGUUGACAGACAGCUUUCCUAACUUUCAAGGCCUUCAGGUUGUUCACGAUUCCACCGAUUGCUAGGUAUACUUAAGAAGCGAAUAUGAACUCUCCAUCAUCUGAUCUCGCCCGAAAUCCCAUUCAAUACCAACGCGCGGGGGACUCGCAACGAAGGAGCUGUCCGUACUGUGGUGUGCGCGGCCAUAGGACCUCCAACUGCUAUGAGAUCUCGACAAAAAUAUCGAAGCCUACUAGCUGGUGUUCACAUAUUAAAGCGAGAGUUGGGACAGAAGACACAGAAGCCUUUCCCGAUACAGGAGCACAGAUCAACAUCAUCUCGACCGUCUUGGCUGAAAAGCUACAUCUUCGGCCAAAACCCAAAACGGGGCGACUGAUUCGACUGCCGACUGGGGGCAGCGUUUUGUCUCCGGGUCCAACGGUGGUACCCUUCAGAUUCGAGGGGGAAAAGACAGUAAUAGAUCUCGACUGCUUCAUUCUCCCGCUUAGUGGGCGUGACCCGACUCUAUCAGGGCCAUUCCUUCAUGCCACGGAAACGUUGAGGAAGUACAAGAACAGGAUUAUUACUGCAUUUCGUCAAUGCAGCAGAUGACUCGGUUUGUAUCUCCUUGGUAAUGAGAAGCGACGCCUUCAUGGGCUCAUCGACGGUGAGCCUAUCGAGGCCCUGCCAGACACCGGUUCAGACGUCAUGGUUCUGUCCGAAGAGUAUGCUCUUUCUCGCGGGUUCUCGGUCGACAGGAGCCCUUGAGUAUCAAGUUGAGCUUGAGCUAGCUGAUGGCUCUGAAGUCUCUCCUUGUGGCCUACUUCGUGGGGUAAACUGGAUG